AUGUUAGCAAUGGCACAACAACAACCAACAACAGAAAAUGAAGUUGGUGGUGUAAUUGGAACAGGGGAAAGGGCUCAACAAGUUAUGCAAUGCUUCACAGGAUGUGGCCAAGAAAUCAUAGGGUGCGGUGUUACAUGCACCCUUGGAUCAUCUCAAAGUAUAGAACCUUGUUUUGUUGAUUGUGGUCUCUCUACCUUUGUGUGUAUGAAUAGUUGUGUCCAACCCCCUGCUCCCCCAUCUGAGGCCGAUUCUAACCCCAGUCCUAGCCCUGACCCCAUCUUGGUUCACUAA